CGGUGGGAGCAGAUCCAUUUCCGGGUUGGCAAAAGGGGCGGCAGCGGCGAGAAAGAGAGCUUGCCGGGGGGCGAGCGGGACAGGACGAAGCUGGAGCGGAGGUGGCGGAGGAUUCGUUCCUGGAGCAGCGGCGGCCAGGUAUAUGAGUGACCUAAAGCUGCAAAUAAAGGCGGAGAGAGAGCAGUGCCAACUGGGAGCAGGUCAAGGAUGCCAAUUCCUCCUCCCCCUCCACCCCCACCUGGUCCUCCUCCACCCACUUUUAAUCAGGCAAACACAGAGCAGCCCAAGCUAAGUAGAGAUGAGCAGCGGGGUCGAGGUGCCCUCUUACAGGACAUUUGCAAAGGGACCAAGCUGAAGAAAGUGACCAACAUUAAUGAUCGGAGUGCUCCCAUCCUCGAGAAGCCCAAAGGAACCAGUGGUGGUUAUGGCUCUGGAGCAGUUGCCCUGCAGCCCAAGGGAGGUCUCUUCCAUGGAGGAGUGCCGAAGCUCCGACCUGUGGGAGCCAAGGAUGUUUCAGAGAACCUAGCUGCUAAGCCAGCCCUACAAGUCCCAAGUUCUCGAGCUGCUGCCCCAAGGCCUCCAGUGUCUAUAGCCAGCGGACGUCCUCAAGAUGAUACAGACAGCAGCCGAGCCUCACUUCCAGAACUGCCCCGGAUGCAGAGACCCUCUUUACCGGACCUCUCUCGGCCUAAUACCACCAGCAGUACAGGCAUGAAGCACAGCUCCUCUGCUCCUCCCCCACCACCCCCAGGGCGGCGUGCCAAUGCACCCCCUACACCUCUGCCUAUGCACAGCAACAAAGGUCCAGCCUACAACAGAGAGAAACCCUUGCCGCCGACACCUGGACAAAGGCUUCACCCUGGUAGAGAGGGACCUCCUGCUCCACCCCCAGUCAAACCUCCUCCUUCCCCUGUGAAUAUCAGAACGGGACCAAGUGGCCAGUCUCUGGCUCCUCCUCCUCCACCUUACCGCCAGCCUCCUGGGGUCCCCAAUGGACCCUCCAGUCCUACUAAUGAAUCAGCUCCUGAGCUGCCACAGAGACACAAUUCUUUGCAUAGGAAGACACCAGGGCCUGUCAGAGGCCUAGCGCCGCCUCCACCCACCUCAGCCUCCCCCUCUUUACUGAGUAAUAGGCCACCUCCCCCAGCCCGAGACCCUCCCAGUCGGGGAGCAGCUCCUCCACCCCCACCACCCAUGAUCCGAAAUGGUGCCAGGGAUGCUCCCCCUCCCCCACCACCAUACCGAAUGCAUGGGUCAGAACCCCUGAGCCGAGGAAAGCCCCCACCUCCACCCUCAAGGACGCCAGCUGGGCCACCCCCUCCUCCUCCACCACCCCUGAGGAAUGGCCACAGAGAUUCUAUCACCACUGUCCGAUCUUUCUUGGAUGACUUUGAGUCAAAGUAUUCCUUCCAUCCAGUAGAAGACUUUCCUGCUCCAGAAGAAUAUAAACACUUUCAAAGAAUAUAUCCCAGCAAAACAAACCGAGCUGCCCGUGGAGCCCCACCUCUCCCACCCAUUCUCAGGUGAAGACUGGCUUGGUCCUCUUCCUCAGGAAAAGGAUGGACCUUCUCUUCUUCUCAGAUGGUCCCUUCCAUUCCCCUGAAACCUGCAUGAGAGCUCCUAACGUGUUUCUCCAGUGCAACCAACCCCUAGACUCCAAGUGUCCUCCCAGCUCACCACCAUCUAUGCAUCUCGUCUCUGGACUUGGUGAUCGGACUCUUAAUAUAUUGACAGUAGGGUCUCAAACCCUGCGUCCAUCACUCCUCUAGCAAGCCCUCCUAGCCAGAUGAGGAAAAAGCUUUCAUGUUUUCUGCUUUCCUCUUGGGGAAAGGUGCCUUGUGAUAAAUUAACUCAUUGUUGGGGCAGGAUGGAGAAGGGUGCCCCUCCGUCCUCCUGUUCACUGUGGGGGAAGCUUGGCAGGUAUAUUAUAUGUCAUUAUUUAGUAGGCUGGCAUGGCCAGGACUUCUGGGGGGAAAGGGAACAUUUUUAGUGAAAUAGAAAAGGAGUUUGCAGAGAAAUGAUCUGUUUUAAAGGUCAGAUUUGGAGAAAGGGCGAGGAAAUGGGUCUGCUUUAUUUUUAGGGAUAUUUUGGUUUUGUCCUCACCCCACCCCUGCAACCCCAGGGAUAAGUUGGAUAUAAACACUAAAUACUAAUCAGUUGAGCUAAACAUUUCAUAGAA